CGAAUAAUAAAAUCAUGAUUAUGUCAAUCUACAAAAUUCAUGUAGAUCCGUCACUAGCUGAUUAAUUAUGAGAAACUCUAUUGUGAUACUGCUUUUUUUUUUUUUUUUUUUGGUGGUUAAACAGGCAGCGGAAUGGUCAAUGAUAUUGCAACUGGCGUUUCAGAGCAUAGGGGUGGUGUAUGGUGAUAUUGGAACGUCGCCACUGUACGUAUACUCAAGCACCUUUCUUAAUGGGAUCAAACACGAAGAUGAUAUACUUGGCGUACUGUCGCUCAUCUUCUACACUAUCACCUUGAUUCCUCUCAUCAAAUAUGUCUUCAUUGUUCUCCGAGCUAAUGACAAUGGAGAUGGAGGAACAUUUGCAAUAUAUUCAUUGAUAUGUCGAUAUGCUAAGGUGGGGUUAAUUCCAAGUCAAGAGGCAGAAGAUAGAGAUGUGUCCACUUUCAAACUUGAGUUGCCCAAUAGACGCACACGUCGGGCAUCAAAGCUUAAGUCGAUGCUAGAAAACAGUAAAUUUGCAAAGUUUUUUAUGCUAUCUGCAACAAUGCUUGGUACUUCCAUGGUUAUUGGGGAUGGUGUCCUCACUCCCUGCAUCUCAGUUUUGUCUGCCGUUGGAGGAAUCAAAGAAGCAGCUCCCAAAGCCAUGACUGAAGAAAGGAUUGUUUGGAUUUCAGUUGCCAUCUUGGUCUUGCUGUUUACGUUUCAAAGAUUCGGAACUGACAAAGUUGGCUACAUAUUUGCACCAAUAAUUUGUGUGUGGUUCUCACUCAAUGCUGGCAUUGGAAUUUACAACUUUCUAAAGCAUGAUCCGACUGUUAUCAAAGCUUUUAAUCCUAAAUACAUCAUAGAUUACUUCACGAGAAACAAAAAAGAUGCAUGGAUUUCCCUUGGAGGGAUUGUUCUUUCAAUAACAGGAACGGAGGCAUUAUUUGCAGAUGUUGGUCAUUUUACGGUUCGGUCUGUACAGAUUAGCAUGUGUUGCGUGACAUACCCAGCGCUCAUAUUAACAUACAUUGGUCAAGCUUCUUUUUUAAGGAAGAAUGCAGAUGAUGUUUCUGAAACUUUUUUCAAGUCUAUACCCCAUGGCAUAUAUUGGCCAAUGUAUGUGGUGGCGGUGUUCGCAGCCAUCAUUGCAAGUCAAGCGAUGAUUUCUGGGACUUUCGCUGUAAUCCAACAGUCCCUUGCAUUAGGAUGUUUUCCUCGUGUUAAAAUUGUACACACAUCAACCAAACAUCAUGGACAAGUCUAUAUCCCUGAAAUUAAUUACCUUCUCAUGUUGGCUUGUGUUGUUGUUACUCUCGCAUUCAGGACUACUGAAAAGAUUGGCAACGCUUAUGGAAUAGCAGUGGUGUUUGUGAUGACAUUAACAUCAUCUUUCCUCAUACUAGUCAUGAUCAUGAUCUGGAAAACUCACAUUCUUCUUAUUAUCACCUAUGCUCUAAUCAUUGGCACGGUUGAGCUUGUGUAUCUAAGCUCGGUUCUCUACAAGUUUGAUCAAGGUGGUUACCUUCCAUUGGCUUUUGCUAUGUUUCUAAUGUUUAUCAUGUGCGUAUGGAAUUAUGUGUAUCGAAAGAAAUACUACUUCGAGUUAGAUCACAAGAUUUCUCCUGAAAAGGUCAAGGAAACAAUGGACGAGACAAAUUUCCAUCGCCUACCAGGACUUGCAAUUUUCUAUUCAGAACUUGUUCAGGGAAUCCCACCAAUUUUCAAGCAUUAUGUUGCGAAUGUGCCCUGUUUACACUCUGUUCUUGUCUUUGUUUCCUUUAAAUCUCUUCCCAUCAGCAAAGUUCCGGUAGAAGAAAGGUUCCUCUUCCGUUGGGUGCAACCAUCUGAGCUCUACGUGUUUCGUUGUGUGGUAAGAUAUGGAUACAAUGAUGCGCGUCAUGAGCAAGAGGACUUUGAGAAGAUAUUGGUGGAGAGGCUCAAGGAGUUUGUACGAGAAUAUUGCUUGUUUUCGAUUGCAAUAAAAAGUCAUAGAUUAUCCAUGGAAAGAAUCAGCCAAUUGGAGAACAUUGAUUCAGGCAUUAAUAAUGUUGGUGCAGUGAAGGCCGAGGAGGAGGAUGAGGAGGAGGAGGAGGAGGACUUAAAUAAAACACAAAUCGAGAUUAUAAAUGAAAUAGAAGUAGUAGAUAGAGCAUGUCGCGCUGGGGUGGUUCAUUUGAUGGGGGAACAUGAAGUGAUGGCGAGUAAAGGGUCUGGUAUAGCGAAGAAAGUGAUAAUAAAUUAUACCUACAGCUUCUUGAAGAGGAACCUGAGACAAAGUAACAAGGUUUUUGACAUCCCUCACAAGCGUAUGCUAAAAGUCGGAAUGACAUAUGAGCUUUAG